AAUCACUAAAUAUUACUUCCUAAACAGAACGUUUUUCUAUUUCUUUUUUUAAAUUUUUAUUAUAUAGAGAAAAUUUGAAAAUCAUUUUAAAACCAAGUAUAAUUUAUAAGUAUUUAAUAUGCUUAGUUUAGUAAGCAAUACAUCAAUGUUAAUUGAAUUAUUGAAUAUUGAAUGAACAAUUUCUCAAGGAAAAAGUGAUUUCAGCGGACGGAUCUGGAUUCGAUGUAAAUGUCAGAAAUUUUAGUAACAUUUCAUGUUUUCCUAAAUAGUGAAGGCUGUGUGUGUGUUGGGUUGCGAUGUCGGAUAUAGGAAGUGGUGAUGAAGGUUCAAGCUCGCAAAAAUACCAUCAGGGCAUGGAGCAGGGAAGUGAAUAUGAUUCAGGCCAGCAGCAGAUGGAGCAAGAACUCGCAACCAAAAUGUUGCAGAUUCAGAGUAAGCGAUUCUACUUAGAUGUGAAACAAAAUCGUAGAGGACGUUUCAUUAAGGUUGCAGAGAUUGGUGCAGAUGGACGACGUUCCCAAAUAUUCCUUGCCCUAUCAACUGCUGCCGAGUUUAGAGAUCAUCUUUCUGCAUUUAGCGACUUCUACUCUUCUUUGGGUCCACCAAACCCAGACAAUGUUCCCGAAGAUGGCAAACUAAAAAGUGAAAUGAUGAUUAAAGACAAUCGUCGUUACUACUUGGACUUGAAAGAGAAUUCUAGAGGACGUUUUUUGCGGGUUUCCCAAAUGAUUGCUAGGGGAGGACCUCGUAGCCAAGUCGCCAUUCCGGCUCAGGGUAUGAUCGAAUUCCGGGAUGCUCUAACUGACUUAUUGGAUGAAUACAGUACUGACGAGCAUGCUUAUAAACCCGAUUUACCAGAAGGCAGACACAUGCAUGUCGACAACAAAAAUUUCUAUUUUGAUAUAGGUCAAAAUAACCGCGGAGUUUACAUGCGUAUCUCUGAGGUAAAAACAAAUUUCCGAACAGCUAUUACUGUACCUGAAAAGAGUUGGCAAAGGUUCAGAGAUAUAUUGAGUGAUUACUGCGAUAAGAUCAAGCAACCUUCUCAAGGUUCUGGCGGGGGUAUUUCCUCCCAAGAUCAACCACAUUCUUUGGUUGGCAAUAACACCCAGCAGGAUUCCGGGACAAGUUUAAAGUAGGCUAGUUGCCCAUUUUAGACUAAUAGAUUUAUUAAUAUAACAAAUUAAAAAAUUGGAUAGGAACAGCAGUCGAUUUUUUGACCAUAAAAAAAUGAAAUUCUCCCCCACUUUACAAUUACUAAAUUUGUGAUUUUUGAAUGAUGGCUGAGAAAUCGACCACUGUCUAAAAUAUUGAUCAGUUCAAGGAGUUGGUUUUUUUUUUGAUCAGUGUUAAGUAACACUAUAAAUGUUAGAUUCUCUAUUAUAUGUUAAAAAAUGAUACUAAAUUAUUUAUUUAGUUGUUUUAAGUUGUUACAGUAGUGAUGUUUUGGCUUUUGAGUAAACCGUAGUCGGAGUACCAAGCAUAUCAUAACUGCUUAAUGUUUUUAAGUGGAGAUAGGAAUAGUAAUAAUUUGCAGCUACAAAUUUGAUUUAUUUUAUAGAAUAUAAAAAUAUAUACAGAGAUGUAGCUAUUUUUGAAACAGGUUAGUUGCACGCAACAACUGGUCUCACGUUAAUAACGUGUGUAAGUUAUUCACAACAAUGGCAACUCUUUGAGAUACUCCGACUAUAAAUAUACUGUUGUGAUGUAACUGACUCAAAAUUAAUAUUGGGCACAGAAUAACCUAAAAUUUCUAUUGAAUAUGCAUAAAAUGAAGAAUUUUAUUAUAUAUAGAAACUAUAUAAAAGCCAUAAGAAUUGUUUCUUAUUGGUAAAAAAUUUGGUGCUACAUAAUAAUUUUAUUUAAAAUUGGAAAGACAAUUCACGUUCUGUCAAAUUUAAAAUUAGAUUUAUUUAUGAUUUGGUUGAAAAUAUUUUAUAUGAAACAUAUAGAAUUUUUAUUUGAUUAAACACUUUUAAUACUUAAAGUUUAUUAUAUGUAGUUAGGAUUUGUACUCAAUUUUUUAACUCGCUCAUAAGGUUUAUACAAAAAACCUUUUCCUAUCUCUAUUUUAGUCAUACAUUUGUAAAAUGCAUCUCUAAAGACCUUUAUUAAUAAUAAAGAUGCCUACUGCCAUAAUUAUAGUAUUUUUAGAAGUUGACUUGAAUAAUUUAUUCAUCUUGAAGAAACUUGACUAUUGUUUAUUCAAAAGAUUUAUUUAAUUUCAAAGGUUUGAUGGGCACCACUUUUUUGUGAUUUUCAAAAUAUUGUGGUCUUGUAUUCUGUGAUUAUUUUAUCUUAACGAAUAAAAAGCUUUAUAUUUUCAUUAGAUCGAUAUGUAAGCACUUUUGUUAUAUUGAAAAAAAAUUAAAAACAAUCUUAAUGUUUGCUUCUCUGAAUGUUUUUUAAAAUUUAUUCAAGAUGAUUUAUCCCAUCUUAUCAUCCAAGUCAAAUGCAAUUAACUCAACUAACAAUUAUGCACAUAAGCUAGAAGCAGACCUUAAUUAUAUUAGUUUGGCCCAGUUAUUUUCCAAAAUUUCACUUUUGUUGCCACUUACCAGGAAGCUUCAGGAGAAGCAAAAAUAUAAAAUAUCGCUCUAGUAGAUUAUUUCAAGAGUGGGUCCUUUGCAUUUUAAAUUCAUCUGUAAGCUGUAGAUCAUCCAGUGACAAAGAUUGCUCUGAUUGGGGCACAGUAGACCUUACGUUACAGUGUAAGUUGUCCCCUAUAUAGAAUCUAAUGUAUCAUCACCUUUUAAGAGCAGUAUCACUUCAAGGAUAAAGCUAGAUCCUCACACCUGCAGGUUUCUUGUUGAAAGCAAUUUUUGUAUAUGCUUACAUAGGUGAAGCAGUAUAGAACUAGCUGAAUUUGCUUUUCAUCUUUCUCUAUGCAGAAUCUACACUUGUUAGUUUUUGCUAAACUUAAUUCCAUCAUUUGCUUCUUGUGGAGGCAACGGCCUGUGAUAAAAUCUGUAAGGAGAUAUAGCUUGUUUUUGCUUAAAUCCAAAUACUUUUUUGGAAUCAGGUCAAAUUCAGUUACCAUUUUAGAUUCAUGGGACUGUAGGUACAAAAACUCAGAAUUAUACUGUAAUAUGUAUUAUGACUUAUUAAAAUUAAUAGUAAGCAUGAAUACAUUCCACAAAUUCAGGAUAAUAAGAAAUAUACAGAGAAAUAUACCUAAUGAGUAUCAAGAAACUGUAAAUCCAUUUAUAAGCAAAUACAUCAACUUCCAAAAGAAGAGUCCUGAAUGUAAUGGAUGAAUGUGGAAAGUUAGUCUGAGAUGAUAUAAAAUUAAGAAAUUAUGAAACUAUAAAACUAUUUCUUCUUUCCUAUAAUAAUCCAUUAUUCAACAUUCUUAAUAAGUAUUAUAUUGGCACUUUAAAUUGAUUGAGCUCUAACCGGAAAUAGAGAAACCAGAAAAAUAAAA